CAUUGCAGGAGAUUGAGACAAACAAUUAUCAUUCUUAAACUGGCCUUGAAGUUCUUAGAAAUUGAUAACAGUAUUGAUGAUCACCCAGACAUAAAAUCAUGGACAGCACUUGUAUCCCGAGAUGUUUGCAGAUGAAGUGCAAGGUACUGUCUAUUCAGAAGAUGUUGCUGAUCUUGCUAUUGGUCUGUUAAUUGAUGUUCUUAGAGGAAUUUCUUCUGGACAUCGAUUCGUUCGUUCUGGGUUAUGGCCUACCAACAAAGAGUUCCCUCUGGGGUCUAAUAAGUUAAGCGGCAAGCGAGUAGGAAUUGUUGGGUUGGGAAGUAUUGGGUCCGAAGUAGCCAAGAGACUUGUGGCAUUUAACUGCAUUAUCUCGUACACCUCAAGGAAUAAGAAGCCGUCAGUUCCAUUCUCUUACUAUUCCAAUGUUGUUGAUCUUGCAUCUAAUAACGAUAUUCUCAUCUUAACUUGUGAUCUCAACAAAGAGACCUUUCAUAUCGUUAAUAAGGAUAUUGUCAUCUUAACUUGUGAUCUCAACAAAGAGACCUUUCAUAUCGUUAAUAACGAUAUUCUCAUCUUAACUUAUGAUCUCAACAAAGAGACCUUUCAUAUCGUUAAAUAAGGAUGUUAUGUCAGCAUUGGGAAAGAAAGGAAUCAUCAUAAAUGUGGGAAGAGGAGCCUUAGUUGACGAGAAGGAAAUGGUGCGGUGUUUAUUGGAAGGAGAUAUUGGUGGUGCUGGGUUAGACGUAUUUGAAAAAGAACCCCACGUCCCGAAAGAACUCUUUGAAUUGGACAAUGUUGUAUUGGCUGCACACAUUGGUUGGAAAACUGAAGAAUCAACUUCAGCUCUUCAUGAAUUGGUAAUAUCCAAUUUGGAAGCUUUCUUUUCAAACAAGCCUUUACUUUCUUUAGUUAAGUAUGAUUGAAAUGGCGAGAUCCAUUUUACUUCCAGGUUCCGAUUAUCAUGUUCAAGUUGAAGCAUUUAAACUAUGUUCUUGGCUCACUAGAC